AUGUAUCUAUUUCACAAGCGCCUGAUGCGACUCUUCCCUGCGCCCUGUCCCUCCUACCAUUUCCUCACCCUGCUCCUCUCCCCCGCCUUACAACUACUGCUAACACCACCCACAAAUGCCGCAACGGAUAUCGCCAAGAAUAGUAGCAUAUCCGAUGUCGACAUCGCACGGGAAAGCCUAGUGCAGCGCGAUGUGGAAAUCCAGAGACAACUGGCGGGCCAGUCGCCGGUGGGCGUGAGGAGAAUGACUGACGACGAGGGGGAGAAAUUUUGGUUGGAUUAUUGGUAUUUUGAUGCCAAUAUUGGUGGAAGCGGUGAUGUUAGAAAUGGAGGACGGAAACAACAGCAGUCUACUCGCAUGGGCCUGAGGGAUGAAGGGACGGACAUCAGGGGGCUGAUAGAUGGUGGUUGGGGAGAUGCCCCAAAAAGCCACCAUAAUAAGGUGAAGAAGACUUUGGGCAAUGCGGGGAUGAAUAGCUCAACAGCAGCAGCAUAA